AUGUCGUGUCUGCUCGACUCGCUGCUCAGCAGCUGCGCGUCGCUCUUCUGCAUGAACGAACGCCGCGGCUCACUGCCCAUGUCGGCCAAAGUGCACGCGCCGCUGUCGCGCCGGCCAGCGCUGUACAAGAAGUCCGUGCGGCUGACGCUCGACGACCGCUUACGUGCGCUGAUUGGCAGCAUAAUCACGGAAGAAGAACUCGCACAGCGCCUCACGUUCGGACGCGUGCUGGGAACAGGCGCCACCUCGACGGUCUACGAAGCAGUGGACACGGCAACGGGUCGCCGCGUGUCGGUGAAAGUGUUUGACAAGGCGUCGAUGGUCGACGCGCGUCGCUCCAUGGUCGCUGACGGCCAGUACGUGCCCGAGAAGGCCGUGCACCGCGUGCGUCGACGACUGCUGAAGCUCGUGUCGGAGCUGGAGAUUUCCAAGUCGCUGGACCACCCGAACAUUGUCAAGUGGCUCGGAGCGUUUGAGACGUCGCACCGCAUCUGCAUUGUGCACGAACUUGUGGAGGGCUCGGACCUGCUGGAGCACUUGCUCGAGCACGGCAAGAUGGCCGAGGACCAAGCGGCCCGUGUGUUCAGGCAGCUGCUGUCGGCGCUCGCGUACUGCCACCGGCGCAACAUUUUCCACCGUGACUUAAAGCUGGAGAAUGUCAUGAUCACUAGAGACUUGGAUGUAAAACUCAUUGACUUUGGCUUGUCCGAAGCCGUGGCCGAUGCGCAACAGACACUUAAGACGGCGUGCGGUACGCCGUUGUAUUGCAGCCCCGAGAUCCUCUUCCUCCACUCUUCGGUCGAAAUCACUCGUAGAGGCUUUCACGGAGGCCCUGCUGACGUCUGGGGCGUCGGUGUUAUGAUCUUUGCUCUACUUACAGGAUGCGCCCCUUUCGACGACUCGGACUUUGAACGCCUGCGUCGAGAAGUGUCACGCAACUGCAUUAAGUACCCUGCGCACAUUUCAAGCCAAGCGAAAUGGCUACUGAAGCAAGUGCUUGUGGCCGACGCGCAGAUGCGGCCGACAGUCACGGACCUACUUUCGUACGGCUGGUUCCAGGGCUCGAUGCACACCGACCUCUUAACUGCUGCGGUCGAUAGUCAUAAGGAGCAAACGAGUGCGGGACGAAGGAGCGACUCGUUGUGCACGGAAGACACAGCUGAGCUUGACAUUGACACGCGCUGUGGUAUGGUUUCCUGCCGCCGCAUCAGUGCGUCUGCUGGUACGUGCAGCUCGAGCGAAAGUCUAUAA